GCUAUCUGCGUGCAGUGUUUUUCCUCGCUGUUUACAGGUGUGCGUCCAUGUGAAUGGCACAGUUUAUAUUACUGUUCAAUCCUUGCUGCAGGUGGCAGAUAUACUGAUCUGAUAUACAGUGUUGAUUAUUUUAUCAGCGUUCAUGCUGACUGAAAUGACAAGCUGUUUUAUCGAAAAUGACUCUGUAGGUUCAAUCAGUCUGUCUGAAUUAUCCAGCUCAUCAUCUGUGUCUGACAGAGCAUGUGUUCACUGGGGUUGUGUGCUCAGUGGCUCUGAGACCACAGCUGUCUUUCAAGCAGAAAAUUACCUUCUGGAGAACCAGUUUUUCAUCAAAACGAUAUGUCUUAGUGAGGAGGCAGGAGACGAGAUGCAUAUAGUGGCCGUCUGUGACGAUGUCGGAGCUUCCAAACCGUUGCCCAUUGCCACCCUCCGCCACUGUAUGCCAAUGAUCAGUUUUCCCGGUUUGGAGCUUAUUCCCCCUGUCACCUUUAAACUGUGCUCGGGUAAAGGACCCGUGUUCAUCUCUGCUCAGCAUAUAACAUUGAAUCCCAUUGAGAUGACAGAGGGGGAGGAGGAUGAUGAGGAUGAAGAUGAUUAAAUGCCAAUGAUGAGAGCUUAUUUUGACCGUUUGAACCAUAAUGGGUCCUGUGGGACAGUGAUUGUGCCAGUAUUUGUUACUGAAGCAUCACAGUGUUUGCCAACAUUAAAAAACUAUUAACUUAAAGUGUUUUAAUGCUAAUGAAAGAGUAAUAAAAUACAAAGUGUAAAUAAUACCACAUGAUUUUAUCGGAUGUAUUUUUCCCUAUAUGUAGACCGAGAUGCAUACCUACUUGUACACAAAAU